AUGGAUAAUGGUGAAGAUGCUGAUGAUGUCGGGAGGAACAAUGGUAGUUAUGUGGAUAAUGACGAAGGAAAAGAGGAUUUGGAUGAUUACAAAGAUAUAGGUGAAAUCUCAGAUGAUGAUAUAAGAGAUAUGAAAUUUGAAUCAGAGAAAAAAGCUUGUGAGUUUUAUGAAACAUAUGCAGAAUAUCAUGGGUUUGCUGUAAGAAGAGAUGAGAUUGACCGUGAUUUCAAAAAAAAUAUUGUUAUGCGCCAAUUAGUUUGUAAUAGAGAGGGGAAAAGACAUAAAAAACAUAUGUUAAUGGUGGAUCGACAUAGGGGGCCAAGGCCAAUCACUCGAACAGGUUGUCUUGCUCGGUUGCGUGUGGCAUAUGAUGUAGUAAGUAGAAGUUGGAGAGUUGUUGCAUUUGAAUCCGCUCAUAAUCAUAAGUUAACUCCACAGCGGUUUGUCCAUUUUAUUCCUAAGUAUCGUCGACUGAGUGAAGCUGAUAAAGCGCUUGUUGAUGGCUUGCAUACAUGUGGUGUUAGAACAUGUCAUAUUUUGGGUUUUAUGUUGGGUCAGAAAGGUGGUCAUGAAGAUUUGGGAUUUAUCAAGAAGGACCUAUAUAAUUAUUUUAGUAAUGGAGCCAAGGUUAAAAGAGAAAAUGGAGAUGCUUUUGCUGCUUUGUCUUAUUUACAGGCUAAAGCCGACAAUGAUCCGAUGUUUUUUUCGAAGUUUACCACAACAGAGGAUGGUCGUCUACAAAAUUUAUUUUGGUCAGAUGGAACUAGCCGAUUUGACUUUGAAUGUUUUGGUGAUGUGGUUGCAUUUGACACGACCUAUAAAAAGAACAGAUAUGAUUGUCAAAUUAUAUAA